CGGAAGUGCCGAUGGGAGGAAAAUAAAAAAGAGAAAUCGAUCAAAAGAAAGAUCCGCUGUAAUUCCUCCGAGGUGUAAACCUCCAACUUACGGUCCUUCUUCAACGCGGACGGCCUGCUCGAACCCCUCCGAACCGGGGAGAAGUCGCUCGUUUUUCGGGGUCAGUUUAGCCGACGUGCGGAGAAGUUGAGGACCGAUAAACAAACGUAAACAAGCGGGGGGUCCAGCCGAGCGGCGGCGGGUCGGAAACAGAACCGGGGUCGGUUGGUGGGUCGGAAAGAGACAUGUCAGGGGGAGAGUCCCCUCUUUCGAGCCCGAGAAUGAUCCGCAGGAGCCCGUGACUUUCCACGACGAGCUCCCGGGGGGUCAACCGUCAUCACGGCCGCACAAAGACUCCCGAAGACCCGCAACACGAGGACCCGCCGCGCGGCGCCGAGAGAGACCAGCGGGACCGUUUGAGACGCAGCCGGGGCGCGCAUGGACCACCGAUGAGUGCACCUUCCGGUUAACGAAGCCAACCCACAGACAGACACACACACACACACACACACACAGAAGUUGGAUCAACCAUGGCCCACCAGGCAACCCCGAGUUCCCAGAAGGCCCUGAUGAUGGAGCUCAAGUCCCUGCAGGAGCAGCCGGUGGAGGGCUUCCGCAUCACUCUGGUGGAGGAGUCUGACCUCUACAACUGGGAAGUGGCCAUCUUCGGGCCCCCCAACACCCUGUACGAGGGGGGCUACUUCAAGGCUCACAUCAAGUUCCCCAUCGACUACCCGUACUCCCCCCCGACCUUCCGCUUCCUCACCAAGAUGUGGCACCCCAACAUCUACGAGAACGGAGACGUGUGCAUCUCCAUCCUCCACCCGCCGGUCGACGACCCUCAGAGCGGAGAGCUGCCCUCCGAGAGGUGGAACCCCACCCAGAACGUCAGGACCAUCCUGCUCAGCGUCAUCUCUCUCCUCAAUGAGCCCAACACUUUCUCUCCGGCCAACGUCGACGCGUCCGUCAUGUUCCGCAAAUGGAGGGACAGCAAAGGCAAAGACAAGGAGUACGGCGAGAUCAUCAGGAAGCAGGUGACGUCGACGGCGGCGGAGGCGGAGCGCGACGGCGUGAAGGUGCCGACCACGCUGGCGGAGUACUGCGUCCAGACCCGCGUGCCGUCGCAGGACGGCAGCUCGGACCUCCUCUACGACGACCUCUACGACGACGACAUGGAGGAGGAGGAGGACGACGAGGAGGACGAGAGCGAGAUGGAGUCGGUGGGCGAGGCCGCCGUCGCCAGCCCCGGCGAGGACGGCGGCACGUCCACCGGUCGCUACGACGACCAGGACGACUCCGGCAACGAAGACUCGUGAUGACCCGGAGGGUUAAGCCCCGCCCCCGCCCCUCUACUGUGUUGCGUUACAACUGUUCUGUGUUUGCACCUGCGGCGGGGUCAAAGGUCACCUGCCAACGCUUCAUCGUUUAUUAAACUGGUACAAAUAGCCGUCGUUCUAUAAUCAAA